ACCAAUUUGUUGAACACUGAGAAAGACAUCAAAAACGGAACCCUUGAGUUCGAGUUUGGCGUCAAAUUGACUGAUCUGUCCAAUGAGUUCCAAGUGGUUGUCCACGUCUAUGACUUGAUGACAGCCAACCACCAGUUGCCGCACGACAUCAAGUAUCACAUCAAGAAGACCCCGAAGAAGAACAGGAACACAAUGAAGUCGCCGACUGUUCGCAGUCCCGGCGGUCCCAACGCUGUGCUCAGCACUAGCUUCCAGUUGAUCGGAGUGUUGAACAUAAAUCUGAACAACUAUUUCAAGAAUUGCUAUAAAUUAGAGAACUUUCACUUCAAUUCCCCUCUCGAGGGAAACAUUUACGUCAAGACAGACCUCACUGUUGAACACAACUACUAUAGGGAAGGCUUUUUCGACGUUCGCGAUCCCAAUGGCUUCUGGAACCUCCGAUGGGUUGUCCUAAAGGGUCAUCACUUGGCGUUCUAUCGAUUCCCCGAAGACGUGGCCAUCAAGUCGGCGCUGGCGGCCAUUAAUCUCAAAGAGUGCGUUAACCCCACUGUGGGUGUCGUGCGCCUCACAGGUAUGCGGCCCAACACUAUAGCCCUUAUAACGGCUUCGGCCCCCAAAACACCCAAAGAUAUCUUCACAAAAGGCGGAUCUAUUCCUCGGAGUCGUCCCAUAAAGUAUCUAAUGUGUGGCGAAAACAAAGAUAAUAGCGCCGAAUGGGCACAACAUUUAACCCGAACCCUGCAUGGGAUCCGUCUUUGGAACUCCGAUGCCCUCAAACCCUAUCGUCACGAAGAGUUUGAACGACUUUUGAUGGCUUUGGAUUGAAAUCUUUUAAAACUUUUUUACACUUUUAAUGAAUAUGUAAUUUUUCC